AUGCACAGGGCAGCGGCAACGGUAGCGGACUGCUCUGUUAUCGUCGUUAAGGUGGCUGACGUGGGUUUUGUGAAGGCGCUCGUCCUCGGCGAGCAGAUCGUUGAUGGCAGCAUCGUUGUCAUCGAAUCAGUCCUGGUAUUGACGAUGUGCGCGGCCAAGGAAAGCCAGGAGGGUUUGUAGUGGGCAGCCAUAAUGAUCGGACUGGUGUCAUUGUUCAAGACCUUGCUGCCUCAAGGUCAUCCACCCUUUUGCAGUGAGACGUUCCAGACGCGCUGACCUGAGGUCACAUGACCAACAGCUCGGGCAUAUCUGCGUCCGCGCAGUCGCAGGUGCCCAUGAAGUCACAUGAACGCACCUACCCCCAUGCAACCACAACCUAAGCCACUGGGACACCGCCCCUCGGCAAAUGCACCAAAGACUGACUGGGCACUACUUGAGCUUGGCCCGCGAGCCUACAAAAGCGGCUGACACGACUAUCUCAGGGACUCUCAGGCAUGACUGUACGCAGUCAACACCAACCCUGGCUUCGCCAGUGGCCACUGCCACCUUGGAGGACAAAUCUGUGUUUUCGUGCACAUCAAAGCCCUCAUUCUGGUUCUAUUCGUCUUCUCCUUCCAACAUUGGAAUCUGAACCGACGAUGGUAGCGCACAGAUAAGGACAUAUUCUCACCGCUUGGUCGCUACAGGUUGACAGGAUCGUGCCCAUCGGUUCUUCAUAAUAGCGUUCUCAUCGGCAGCUGCGGCGGUAACCGGAAAGUUAGGUGGUCGCCGAUUUAGCUUUUUGCUGAAAUGGAGAUGGUAGCAGACAAAAACAACGAAGCAAUAUUCAGUUUACCAUGCGGUCGUCUUGAAGAGUAUGAAGCGAUGGUCGCUCCACACCAUCGGCAUACGGGAUCACCUUUGUCGCCAGCCUUUGUCUCUCGUUCCCAGCCUUUACCUCGAUUCAUAAGCCGGCUGAAAAAACACUUUCAUAUGCAAGCUUGAUAACAGAAACACUACAUUGGCUCCGUUUUCUAAAAUAACUUUUAGGGGUUUUGGGGAUGUUUGCAGGUCACGACUUGAGUCUGUUUGACAAGUCGGAAGACUUUUUUACGGUGAAUACUUAGCCAUUCUUCAGGAGCACCGGCGUAUUGAUGAAGAGGUCUAGGUCGUGCAUCACCCAAUCCUACGGAAUUCAGGACGUGGACUCUGGGGCACCCCUUAUUACGAUAUUUUGUUCACGAUUUACGUACGGGCUCAUUAUUGUCCCACUCCCCACACUAAAACGAUAUGUUGCCACUGUGGUACUCCCGAUGGAUGAUGGCGCACCGACUUUAGACGGAUUUCCGUCCGACGUUGAGGUUGUAGGACCUACAUUUUCGCAUAACGUAUUAACAAAGAAUCGUGAAUCUGGGCCUGAAACGACCACACACAGAAUAUCCACAUCUUGGUUUACGGCAGGUAUAAGUUAAACAUUGGAUAGACGCAGCAGAGAUUUGCCACCUACACAGGCAGCACUCAUAUAGCCAAAAGGUGCUCAGUUUAUGCAUCAGUAUCAUUAAUAUGUCUCUUGUGACCAUGCCUCAGGAACUUCGCUACAGGCGCAGACGAUUCACCACUCAAGGAGUAGUAAGAAAUCAAGACGGCCAAAAAGAAUCCCCUGAGUUGGUUUAAAUGCCCACCAAGAAUGACUGCUGCAGCUUAUGCGAUAAUGUCAUCGGACUGCGGGCACGGACUCGUCGGUUUGCCUGUGCCCUAAAAAUGAGAUUAAGCUAAGCAGGUCGGCAGUUAACUAACCAGAAUUCAAGAUCCUCCGAGAUUUCAAACGUCAUACGUUUGAUAAUUUUCGAAACCUAUCGAAGCUAUUCUAUUCUGUUCAGUCGGGCCAGAUAGCCUAGUUCUCGUCCCGUACCUUUAAAGGAACCACAUACUUUUCAAACCACUUUCUCAUCCACGUCUACCAGAAGACCACUUCCCUCAACGCGGACAUCUGUCGCUCUCUUGGCUUCCUUGACGUAUUGACAGGAGGGCUUUGGAUAUCUAUUUAUCUAUCGCCUCUUGUAUUCGCGCGUGUCGUCCGUGUUUUUAGUGAACUUUCACACACCAGAAAUAGAUAUAAGACUUUUGUCUAGUUAAUUGGCCGGCAGUUUCAUUCGAAUCGCCCCCACGUAUAAUUCUGUUUCUUUUGGCAGCUGUAAAGUUCCUCGCACUAAUGAAACAGAAAUCAAGGUAGAAGCCCUUUUAGUGCACCAUUUCAAGUUUUAGCUGAACUAUAUUGUGGCGAAAAAAUGGAAAAAUGAGUGUGUGCUGACGGUAUCUGGUGCAUUCUUGUGAGUUAAGACUAAAUAAAUUGCUAAUUGCGUUUAUUGCAUUGUUCUUUUUUUCUUGUUCUACAUGCAAUUCCAGUUCCUAUACUUAACAUGCAAGGAUUACCUAUCCAGCACUUUCUCAAUGGUGAAUUUUCAUGAAUUUAUUUUUCGAGCACUCAUAUUUAUCAAUAUGUACACGCUCUUUGGUUUUCUCAGAACUUAUUGCUUGUAUUUUCGCUCGCUGAAUGCUAUUUGAGGCGCCAGUUAGUUUUAUGUGCAUCCCACUUUAUUAAAAGCCCGACGUUUUGGGAUUGAUUUUAAAAUCCGGCUACUGUAGCGUGGCCUCUUGUAUGUCAAAAAUUUUAAAGUCGUUUUUUGCUUAUUAAUCAGUUGACGGACUAAUAUGAGUGUUUUAGUUCGAUAGUUGCAGCCACGAAUCUUACCGUUGCUCCGAAAGUAGUUCAAUAGUGGCAUGGGUGUGAGUCUGUAUGUGACAGACUUGUCAGUAGUAACUGAACUGCCUCAUUCCCUCUUCUAACAUCUGCCAUAUUUGCAACUAGCAAACCAGAUUUAUGCGUUACUGAAAAGAACAACCGCAGCAAGGAGACGUGGGCUCUGUGUCUGCGCUGCUGACAGUUUUCCUGUCUGCCGGCAUUAUAUUGUGUACGAUGACAUCCGACAAGAAAAUAGAGCUUGGAACCUAGUGCCAUAAUGAGCUCAGGUGAUGAGUGUCUUUAAUUGUAGUGGUAGUGUUUCGUUAUUCUAAGGAAGCUCUGAUGUUGUUGACAUUGCGAUGCAAAGGUGUCCAUAGUGUCCUCUGGUAAUAAUAAGCAAGACUGUCUGGAAUCACCAUUUCCCUCGUUUCUCAUCCCGAGAUAUGAAUGUUAACUGUUCGAAGCCAUGUUAAACGAUAAUUUAAGCUGAUAAGUAGAGAAUGACACCGGUACUGAUAAAGUUAUUUCUUUCCCAACCUUCGUCAUGCCUAAACUUAUGCUGCAGUCGUCAGAUAGCCGCACUACGAGGUCUCUGUAUACACCCCGAAUAAAUUCUGUCAUCUUCCGUCAAUGUAUAUUUUAUUGUAAAGCGUGUAUGCUAGGUUUUACGUGCUCUCAUUAUCCCUUCAGGAACAAUGACCUCCACAAAGCAACAAAAAAUUGCUGA